CCAAGAAACCGGCGACUUAAAUCCAAUCCUCUUAUUCGGGCCUUCUCUCUCUCCACGCUUUCUCUCACUAAACAUGGCCGAUCACCACCACCACCACCACCGCCCGAAUCGCAUCUCCCUCCCCCCACGCGCCGCCAAUGCCGCCGCCGCCGCCACUCCGACCCCCCGCCCCGCUUACCCACUCUUCCCCCACACACCUUUCACCCCCGCCGCCACUCCCUCCAAACUCCGCCGCCCUAUUUCUCGCCCCUCCGCCGCCACCUCCCUUUUCCUCCUCCUCUUCUCCCUCCGCUCGCUCUACUCCCUCUUCCCAUUCCUCCGCGCUUCCCCUCCCUCCUUCUCCAUCUUCCCCUUCUCCUUCCUCGUUUCUCUCCUCUCCUUCUUCCUCACCCUCUCCUUCUCUCUCUUCGCCUCCGUUUUCGGCUUAGAUUCUCACACUAGAAAGUCCCAGCGCCCCCUUCUCUCUCUCACUCUAAUCACCCAAUCCCAGCACAAGCUCCUCGCCGCCAAAUCACUCCUCCUCGCCGUCGUUUUCCUGCUCAGAUUCCAGGCGUUGCGCUACUGCGGCGCGGCGGCGCUGAUCCUCGCCGAAUUGGCCGGAAUCGUCGCGGCGCGUUUCUUCCAGGAAGGUAAAAAUCGAGUCUUUACCGAUGGGAACUCGAUUGGAUCAUCCAAGAUUCGUGGGUUUAUCGCGCUUUUAUCUGGAUUGAUCUUGUUAUCUCUCAGCUGGGAUCGAAUCGAAUGCUUUCCUUUAUCCCAUGUGAAUAUUAUCAACAAAGGGUUUGCAGCUUUCCCUAAUUCGAAUUGUUUGAGGAUUUGGCCAAUGCUGCUGCCAUUCUUGUCAGGGUUUUUGGGGUGUUAUGAGAGGGUUUUAUCGAAUUGGGGGGAAAUUCGUGAGCUAGGGCAGAAGAGGGUUAGGUUGAUCACGUUGUUCUUCACUACAGUUGUGCUGUUCAUACCUGCUUGUGUUAGCAUGCUCGUGUUUGAAUUCGAGGGCGAUAGCAUUUCGUUGUCGAGCCUAGGCUGGCCGUUGGUGAAUACUGUAGUUUUUGGGGUGCUUUUGAGUGAGAAUUACACUGAUGAGAAAUCAAUGGGUGCAUCUAAAGAUAAUCAGAGGGAGUAUUUUGUGACAUUUGUUUGUACUCUUGUGUUGGAGUUGUUCUAUUUUCCCGAGCUCUCGUUGUGGGGACUGCUUGUAUGUGGUUUGUUGUUGUGGAUUGCGACAAGGGAGCUGAAUCCUGUUAGUAUUAAUUAUCCUGAGUUGGGGUAUGAGUCGAAUGAGUCACGUGGUUUUGAGGUGAUGAAACCUCUUAGGCACAUUUUGGGUGAGCGGAAGUCACGCAAGAUUGCUCUGUUUCUGCUGAUAAACACUGCUUAUAUGGUUGUUGAGUUUGUGGCUGGUUUCAUGAGUAACAGCCUUGGGUUGAUCUCUGAUGCUUGUCACAUGCUGUUUGAUUGUGCUGCUCUGGCUAUUGGUUUGUAUGCUUCGUAUAUUUCGAGGUUGCCAGCAAAUGGUCAGUUUAAUUAUGGGCGUGGGAGGUUUGAGGUUCUCUCGGGAUAUGCCAAUGCUGUUUUUCUGGUUCUUGUCGGAGCGUUGAUCACGUUGGAGUCGUUUGAGCGGAUUUUGGACCCCCAGGAGAUUUCCACGAGCAGCCUGCUGUCUGUUUCGAUUGGAGGCUUGGUUGUGAAUAUGGUGGGGCUUGUUUUCUUUCAUGAGGAGCAUCAUCAUGCCCAUGGUGGAUCCGGGUCGUGUUCACAUUCCCAUCACUCCCAUGGCGAAGAAGCUCAUUCACACGAGCAUCACCAUGAUCAUCAUUCACAGCAUCAUGGCGACAAGCAUCAGGAAGUCGUGGGUAUUGUACAUGACUGCAGUGAGAAAUCGUGUUCAAAACAUGAGGAACAUCACCACCACCACCACCCGAAGAAUGAGCAGCACGACCAUGGUCACGAACAUGUUGAACUACACGGCCACAAUCAUCAUCAUCAUCAUUCCCAUGUACAGGAUCAGCACCACCACUUCCACCAUGACCACCAGAAUCAUGUCGGCCAAUCAGAUCAUAGUCACAGUCAUGCCGGAGAGAAGGAAAAGCACGACCUCCACCUCCACAGCCGAACUGGUCAACUCGACCAUCAUCACAAACAUGUUGAACCACACCACCACCACCAUGAUGUCAAUGUGGACAACCAACAUCAUCACCACCACCAGAAUCAUAUUGGCCAAUCAGAUCACAACCACAGUCAUGCGGGAGAGAAGGAAAAGCACGACCUCCACCUCCACCACCAGACUGAUCAACUCGACCAUCAUCAGAAACACGUUGACCCACACCACCACCAUGAUGCCAAUGUGGACAGCCAUCAUCACCACCAUAUCCACCACCACGAUCAUGCCGGAGAAAAGGAAAAGAAGCAUCACCACCACCACCACAUCGACCACAACAUGCAAGGCAUCUUCUUGCAUGUCCUGGCAGACACCCUGGGAAGCGUUGGAGUUGUUAUCUCGACUUUAAUGAUCAAGUACAAGGGCUGGCUCAUUGCUGACCCCGCAUGCUCAAUAUUUAUCUCAGCACUGAUUGUAUCAUCUGUGAUUCCACUGCUUAGAAAUUCGGCAGAAGUCUUGCUGCAGAGAGUCCCCAGAUCCUACGAGCAGGAUCUCAAAGAAGCUCUGAGCGACGUGAUGAAGCUGAAAGGAGUUCUUGGCUCCCAGAAUUUUCACGUCUGGAGCUUCACCAACACAGACGUCGUGGGGACCAUCCAUCUCCAUGUAUCAGCAGACUCUGAUAAACUUUCCAUCAAGAAACAAGUUUCACACAUUUUACGCGGAGCUGGGGUCAAGGAUUUGGCUGUGCAGGUAGAAUGCAUCGCCGAGUCACUUCAACCCUUAUGACUCUGCCUGCAUAAUGUUCCGGGUUCAGUUUGGGACAUAGCGGAAGUGAAGUAUAUUUACAACUGAUAGAAUGGCACGAAAUCGUGGAAGUAAAGUAUAUUUUCAACUGAUAGAAUGGCAUGAAGCUACUAACUGUCGAUCAAAGGCGUCUCAACGAGCAGGCUUUUCUUGUCCAGAGAUUAUUUUAGUUGAUCACAAAACCCUAGUUUGCUGUUCUUGUUGAUCACAAAGAGGGCUAAGUUUAUGGUUCUUGUCUGCUGUAAAGGUGAGAUGUUUGAAUAGAAGAUGAAGGUUUUACCUUUUGAUAUAUACACAAAAUGUAUCUGUAUUUUUGUAGAAUUAAACAGCAGUUAUUUAGAUGAUGAUUAUGUUUUGCUUUUGAAAGUUAUUUUUUGUACAGUUUGCUAACAUUACUGAAGUGAUACUUUUGUUUGGCUA